AUGGUGAAGGAACCUGGUCAAGACAGUGCUGGCAAGGCACUGAGCGCAGACGCGCAGAAGGACGCGAAGCAGAAGCGUCCUGAGGACUCCAGACAGAAGCGUCCAGAGCAACGUCUUACCCUGGAUUUCACUGAUUCCCUUAAGAAGGAGUUCGGUGCGGCGGCGGUCCAUAGAGAUGGGUCAUUGGAUUUCUCUGUAUUUCAGAAGCUUUAUGAGAAUUAUCCUGAGAAGCUCUUUAAUUAUCGGGAUGCUAUGGUCGAACUUAUCGCCGAAUGUAAUAACGCGCUUGCUCGUAUGCGUGAACUAGCUCGUGAAGGUACAACCUCAACCACCUCUAUUAGCUAG